UUUUUGGGGUUUGUAGUUUGACUGCGGCAACAAAGUAGUUAUUUACGUGCAUUGAGUUUAGAACAGUUUGAUCGAAAAAUAAGCUAAAAAUGUCAUCACGUUAUGAUCGUGCUGUUACCAUUUUUUCGCCAGACGGUCAUCUGCUUCAGGUUGAAUAUGCCCAAGAAGCCGUCCGCAAAGGCUCAACAGCGGUUGGCGUUUGUGGCGGCAACUGCGUGGUAUUGGGCGUUGAGAAAAAAUCGGUGGCCAAACUUCAAGAGGAUCGCACAGUACGUAAAAUAUGCAUGCUGGACCGUCACGUUGUCAUGGCCUUUGCCGGCUUGACAGCCGAUGCGCGCAUUCUUAUAAACCGUGCCCAAGUCGAGUGCCAGAGUCACCGGCUAAAUGUUGAAGAUCCGGUUACAUUGGAGUACAUAACCAGAUAUAUUGCACAAUUAAAACAAAAAUACACUCAGAGCAAUGGACGCCGUCCUUUCGGAAUUUCGUGCCUUAUCGGCGGCUUCAAUGGCGAUGGCACCCCCCAUUUGUUCCAGACUGAACCUUCGGGUAUUUUCUAUGAGUGGAAAGCCAAUGCCACUGGCCGUUCGGCAAAAACAGUUCGUGAAUUCUUCGAAAAAAAUUACCGCGAGGAAGAAGUUAAAGAUGAAAAUGGAGCUGUAAAGCUAGCGAUUAGAGCUCUCCUCGAAGUGGCGCAGUCGGGUCAAAAUAACUUGGAGGUAGCUAUAAUGGAAAAUAACCAGCCGCUGAAAAUGUUGGAUCGUAAGACCAUAGACAACUAUGUCAAUAUAAUUGAGAAAGAGAGGGAGGAGGAGCUUGAAAAGAAAAAACAAAAGAAGUAACGCACUGUAGGCUCUUAAGUUCUCAAGCCUGCCCACACAACACACAUUUUUCAAAAAAUUAUCCAGAUAUUCUAAAAAACAAGUCGCAUCCAUCCAUUUAUGUGAUGGCUUGUGCAUUCAUAUUCAUUCAAUAUUCCACACAAUAGCCCUCAAAUUAAACGGUGUAUGUAAGAUUCGGCAAGCCGAAGUAAUAAUGGUUUUUCUAUAUAAUAUGUUGCUUCGCAUAGCAAGUUGUGAAAUGGUAUAAAAUACAUGGUCGUUAUGACAUGAAA